AUGGCAGCUCUGCUCCAUCGUCUUCCACCCGUGAAAUCAACCACUCGAACCUUCUGCGACCACUCGAAGGAUCAAUGGUUCAAGGAGAGGCUCAAUAGUAACACAGUGACAUCUUUAAUCCUUCCUAACAAGGUAUUGCAUUUCGGUGAUGGCGGUGCGUUCCCGGAGAUUCAUAGACCUCAAUACCCUCUUGGCAUGGGCAAGGAGGACACCAAGUCCUCAAAGCCCCAACCCAAAGUUCUUCCGGUUUCUGUUGAUGCCUAUGGAAAUAUAGCCUAUGAUGCCAUUGUUAAGCAAAACGAGAAUACCAAGAGACUUGUGUUCUCAAAGCAUAGAGACCUUGUGCCUAAAAUUUUGAGGAACAAUGAUGAAGAGGAGAAGACGUGUAGUGAGGAGGAGCUGCAGAAUGAGAUUGAAACAACCGCGGCAGAAACGAAAGCUGCUCUUGAGAAGAUUGUUAAUGUGAGACUGAGUGCUGCACAGCCAAAAAGCCAACCAAAACAGACCCAGGACUCGAAACUAAUCAAGUACAGGCCAUCACAGACGUCGGCGGCAUUCAACUCUGGUGCUAAGGAGAGGAUGAUAAGGAUGAUGGAGAAGCCUGUGGAUCCACUAGAACCUCCCAAGUUUCGGCACAAACGUGUUCCGAGGGCUUCUGAAGCACCGCCGGUGCCGGUGCUACAUUCUCCUCCUAGGCCAGUGAGUUUGGAAGAUAAGAAGGAUUGGAGUAUUCCACCUUGUAUAUCGCAGUUCAAGAACAACAAAGGGUAUACAAUCCCAUUGGACAAACGUGGAGGAGUUGAUGGCAGACGACUUCAAGAUGAUCAAGUUAGUGAGAACUUUGCACAUCUUCAGGACUCUUUGCAUGUAACAAUCUUGAAGUGUAAGGAGGAACUUGAGCUGAGAGCGAAUGUUCAGAGGGAGAGGAUGGAGAAGGAGCAGGUGAGGAGAGACCUGGAGCUGAGAGAUAUAGCUAUGAGAGCUCGUGUAGAAGGAGCAGCUAUUGCUGCUGCUAUUCCAGAGCAUAAUGGUGAGAGCACAGCAAUGGAUACAGAUGAAACAAGAGAAGAGAGAAAGAAGCGUGAUGAGAUUCGUCGGGAGAGGGAAAGGGAGAGAAGGUUGACAAAGAAUAAGAGAAGUAGAGUAACAAGAGAUAACAAUGGCGACAUCAGUGAGAAAAUUGCUCUUGGCAUGGCUGCUACUGGAGUUGGAAGGGGAAGUGGGGAAGAGGUUAUGUAUGACCAGAGGCUGUUUAAUCAGCAGAAAGGAAUGGACUCCGGGUUCGGCAACGAUGAUCAGUACAAUGUCUAUGAGAAGCGCUUGUUUACUGCUCAGUCUACACUGUCGAGCCUUUACAGGCCUAAGGAUGAUGAUGCUGAUACCUAUGGAGGUGCUGAUGAACAGUUGGGUAAGAUCAUGAAGACUGAUCGCUUCAAAUCUCACAAAGGAUUUGAAGGAACUAUUGAGAGGGCAGGUUCUAUAGUUAUACCAGUUGAGUUUGAUCAGGAGGUUCAAGAAGCUGAUCCCUUUGGUCUAGACGAGAUAAUGGAAAAGAUGAAGAAGGCAAGGUGA